GCAGUACCCUCUGUCUGGCAGUACCUCUCCUCUCUGUUCACUGCUAUGUUUUCAAGAAGCAGACCAAGACGACAUGCAAGAGACUCACCAGCAGGUGAUACAUCCACUCGAACUCCCAUGCAACCUUCUAGGGAAUGUGUAACGCCAAGAUGAAGAAGGCCUAGCGAGAUGAAUAGGUCCAGGUUGCCACCUAGGCAACUUAAACGCAGUUUCACUCCAAAAGAGCGAACACUACGGGACGUACCGGUACAAGUCAAUUCCUGGACUGAUGAAGAAGAACACUCCCUUAUACUGUACAUUAUUGGCAAGGGCUUUGUUAAAGAGUGGCCUUCAACCAAGACCACUAAAGCAUCUUUCUGGGAGGGUGCUGCAAGCCAUACAGCAAUUGGGAUUCAGUAUCAGGACAAGUGGUAGUUGCCGAUCAAAGAUAAUGCUCAAACUAUGCAAGAAGUUUGUUUCCCCUAAAGAAGCCAAGAAGCAACUGAAUGAUGCCAGUGAGAGUGAUUUGCCAUCAUCACACACCUCUUCUUCGCCUCCACUUGAAAGCUUAGUCAAGCGUCUACUUACAUUGCCUCCUCAACCUGAUCACUCUUAUUCUCCUAUGUCAGUUGAACACCUGGCUGUAUCACCAGAUGUUUCUCCUGAAGUGGUCGCAAUGGAUGACCCCUUGUUCGAGGCAUUUGUGUCCCUCCCUCAACAAGACCAAGUCAAUCUUGUCAGUGACCUUUUGUCACACAUUGCCGACAAGCAACACAGCGUAUCUGUACCAAAGGACUUUGUUCCUCUGCUGCUAAAAGGAAUGGCACACUUAAAUCGAAAGAACAAGCCAAAUCUCAUUUAUGAUUUUUGUCGCGGGCUAGGGUCACUCAGGCCUGAUGGAAGCGAUUCCUUAAUUCCAACAUCUAGGAUGCCAUUUGGGCUCUUGCAGUACUUGAUAGAGUUUUUCACAACGCAAGGUGGUCUUAAGUUAUAUUGCCCGGAAGACUACAAGCAGUGGCUGGAAACUAUGUACUCUCUCUUUGGGUCAAAGUGGUCAAAGCUUCAUUGUGGGCCUAUGUACAGCAUUGAGUCUACAGAGCAAGGUAGUGGUCGUGAAAGAGAUGAUGCGUUUAACAGAUUGAAGGCUCGUGUAAAUGUACCAGGACUGGGGGAAAGAGCACUCCGCACCAGUAUUGCUAACAGUGGUUUUUACAUUACUUGUGAACUCCAGAUGAAAGUAAUUGAAGAGGCUCUCAGAUUGCUCCCCUCUGCAAAUUGGUGGAUCAAGGCAGAUGGGGUGGAUGUCAUCAGUAGCCUUGAAGAGUCUAUGAGGCUGGAAUGGAAUGGAGAUGUAGACCUAGGUAGACCUAGGAGAUGGGCACACUCAAGCGUUGUAUGAAGAGUAUUGUGGAAGGUUAAAAAGUGCAGAAGACCUUGACCUAUCACUUGGCAAUGUGCACAGUGUAGCUGAAUGUGUUCCAGUUCUGCUUGAGAUACAACAAGCUAUUUGUGAUGACCUUGAAUUCAUCAACAAGUGUCUUAUAUCUGCCACUUCAGAUUAUUCAAAAAUGGUUACUUGCGAUCAUAGUGUAUCAGAAAAGAAGUUGCGUAAUGCUGGCUGGAAGGUUGACGAACUCUCACGACUGAACAAGGCCGGCCGUCAAGUGAAAGUUGAUAUCCAGUGUGUAGUGGAACUUGCUGACCAAGGAAAUUCCCAGCUUCACCGUAUUCACCGUAUCUGUAAAGCUGUAACUGGAUAUUUGAAAGGCUUAUAUCGUCACAAAAGGACAGCUGCAACGCAUGUUCUGGCUGUUCUGGCUGUUAUGAUUAGUCCUGAUGACCGGAGAAGGAAGCCAUAUGCAUUGCCUGUACAGUGUAUUCCUUAUGUUUCGCUAUGUUUCGCUCAGUCAUCUUCAAAUCAGAUCGAUAGUGACGAAUGUUGCGAAGGCAAUGAAAGAGAAAGGAAUGAAUGUUGUUGGUUUUGUGGCUAACGGUGAGUUUAAUUCAUUGCGAAGUAUGGGUUACUCUCGACCAUUGUCAGUGCUCAAGCUAAAAUCAAACGCACGGGCAAAAUAUGCUCAGAUGGGGAAAGCAAAGAUGAUGCGAAUGUUGUCUCCUACUUGCACAAGUACUGGUGAUGUUGUAGGAGAGGAACACAACUGCGUUGUCCCGAGGGAGGUGCUUUGUGAGGUGUUACUUCUCAAAAGAAAUGGAAUGACAAUGGAGGAUAUUGUCAGCCGGCUUAGAUGUAGAACUGUGCCAUCUGGAUACCCUAUACAUAGCUGGAGAACCUUGUCAGAUGGUGAAAGUGAGUCACUGGAUGAUAAACUACGCUCUAUUCUUGCUCAAAUGGAAUUUACGCAUGUUGUUCGCUCCUGGGACCAGAAAGGUGUGCCAUUUCGCACGUACAUAUAUGUACCGGAAGAACAUCCAGAACUUGGCACAGUCUUCCACGAGCGCGAAGAUGAAGGACAUGUGUACAAGAGAAUGAGAAAUUCGACUCUAAUGGGUGGUCCAAAACGGUUCAAGCUGGAGCGCUUCAAUGAAGCUGUUUAUGAUGAGUCAGCAAAUCUUACCUACACAGCUUUGAUUGGAAGAAGAAAGCAGUCAAUUCGUGAUGUGGAAAAUUUUUUCUCGUCCUCUGUUGCCGAUUUCAUGAACCGAAAGGGAUACACAUAUGAAGCUCAGUUUGUGACUACUGUACGAAACUGGAGACGUGCAUGUGAUGAACGUGGCCUCACCCAACUUAAAAGGUGCCAGUUCAACUAUGAGCUGCUGAAUAUGUUGUUGGAUGAGCUCAUGCCAUGGCAUAGGACGCAAUACGAUCUCUCAUUGAUGGAAGUUAACAGGCCCACACGUGGUGUUCUGGGAUUCACUCGUGAGACCGUGAUCAGAGAGUCGUGA